AUGGACUCAGGCCAGACUGCCUUUGUGAUCCAGGGCAAGGCCACACUUGGCUUCUUGUGCAGAGACUUCACGGUCCACACGGGAUACGAGGUACUGCUGCAGCGGCUGGUGGACGGCAGAAAGAUGUGCAAAGACGUGGAGGACCUGCUACGGCAGAGGGCCCAAGCAGAGGAGCGGUACGGGAAGGAGCUGGUGCAGAUUGCCAAAAAGGCAGGCGGCCAGACUGAGAUCAACUCCCUGAGGGCCUCCUUUGACUCCCUGAAACAACAAACGGAGAAUGUGGGCAGCUCACACAUCCAGCUAGCCCUGGCCCUGAGAGAGGAGCUGCGGAGCCUCGAGGAAUUCCGGGAGAGGCAGAAGGAACAGAGGAAGAAGUAUGAGGCCAUCAUGGACCGUGUACAGAAGAUCAAGCUGUCACUGUACAAGAAGACAAUGGAGUCCAAGAAGUCCUAUGAGCAGAAGUGUCGGGAUGCAGAUGACGCAGAACAGGCCUUCGAGCGCAUCAGCGCCAACGGUCACCAGAAGCAGAUGGAGAAGAGCCAGAACAAAGCCAAGCAGUGCAAGGACUCAGCCACUGAGGCAGAUCGGGUGUACAGACAGAACAUUGAACAGCUGGAGAAGGUGCAGGGUGAGUGGGAGCAGGAGCACCGGACCACCUGCGAGGCCUUCCAGCUGCAGGAGUUCGACCGGCUGACCAUCCUACGCAACUCCCUGUGGGUACACUGCAACCAGCUGUCCAUGCAGUGUGUCAAGGACGACGAGCUCUACGAGGAGGUACGGCUGACCCUGGAAGGCUGCAGCGUGGAUACCGACAUCAAUGGCUUCAUCCAGGCCAAGAGCACGGGCACCGAGCCCCCGGCCCCGGUGCCCUAUGUGAACUACUAUGAUCGGGAGCUCACCCCGUCCGGCAGCCCAGGCGUACAGUCAUCCUGCGGCAUGAUAAAGAGGUUCUCGGGUUUGCUGCAUGGAAGUCCCAAGACAGCAGCUCCUGCUGCUUCCACAGAGACCCUGUCCUCCAUCUCUGAGAAGAAAGAGAUCAUCUAUGCUGACGUUGUAGUGCAGGAUACGCCAGGACCCCCGACCCUGCCAGCUCAGGAAUACAGGGCGCUCUACAACUACACAGCACAGAAUCCCGAUGAGCUGGACAUCUCCACAGGGGACAUCCUGGAGGUCAUCCAGGAAGGGGAGGAUGGCUGGUGGACAGUAGAACGGAAUGGGCAGCGUGGCUUCGUCCCCGGCUCCUACUUGGAGAAGCUCUGA